AUGCAAAUGAACACGAUCCGUGUGUUCUCCUACAACUCGUUUCGUAUGAUACAGUGGUUGCGUGCAAUAAUGCACCCCAUAUCGACUUUCGCGUUUGCUUUUUUGCCAGCGUUCCUUUUUAUAAAUGCUGAAGAUUUUGGCUACGACGGAGUCAGAGGGCCAACAUACUGGGGUGAACGGUACCAGGAGUGCAGAGGUAAACAUCAAAGCCCUAUAGACAUAAACCUACUACGGGUCAAGCAAGUAGCUUUGCCUGAACUCUCAUUCGUGGGUUUUGAUGAUUCUAUCGACGAUGUGCACGUUACUAACAAUGGACACACAGUUCUGAUCGAGGUAGAUAACGAACCGCACCCACGUGUCAGCGGUGGACCCCUCGAUGGAGACUAUAUCUUCAGUCAAAUGCACUUCCAUUGGGGCGAUAAUGACACUUUUGGGUCCGAAGACAAGAUCAAUCAUAGGAGCUUUCCGAUGGAGCUUCAUAUGGUUUUCUUCAAAGAGGAAUAUAAGACUGCUAAGGAAGCCGUCAAACAUUCCGAUGGUCUCACAGUACUCGCCUUCUUUUAUGAGCUGGACCGACACCAACAUCCAGCUUACGAUGACAUAACAGCAGCAUUGGCAAACGUUACGGAGCCCCACACAACUGUAGUAAUGAGCCACCCCUUCUCGAUCCUCAACAUCUUACCAUACGACUUAAAUAGAUAUUUCACGUACAGAGGAUCACUAACAACGCCUCCAUGUUCUGAAGUCGUGAUAUGGUUAGACUUCGAACAGCCUGUGAGGCUGACCCAUGAUCAGAUAGAAGCAUUCAGAGAGCUACGUUCUGCGACAGGCAAAAUCCGACACAAUUUUAGACCAAUACAACCCAUCGGCGACAGAGUGGUGUUCUACAACGUAGACAAUAAAUAUUUCUAUUACAAUGACGUGGACAAUCCGGAUGAAGACAGUACACAGAGAAGGAAAAGGGGACAUAACCGUAGUCAUGUUACAUUAGCAACUGCGUAUUCUGUAAUUUCUUUGCCGUUCAUCUCUAUUUUUACUUCGAGCAUAAAAAGAUGUCUCGAUUAA